GCCUCGCGCCUGGUCCCGCGGUCGCAGCUCAAGCCGCAGCCUCCGCGCCGCCGCCGUCGCCGUCGCCUUAGCUGCUCGCUUCGUGGGUCGGUCUCUCCGGCACACGGGCUCCAGCCGCGCCGUAGCUGCCCUCCGAGCCCUUCAGGCCGCCCCGGUCUCCUCACCCGGCCCGAUCCAGCCCUCGAAGAUGGUGGACCGCGAGCAACUGGUGCAGAAAGCCCGGCUGGCCGAGCAGGCGGAGCGCUACGACGACAUGGCCGCGGCCAUGAAGAACGUGACAGAGCUGAACGAGCCACUGUCCAACGAAGAAAGAAACCUCCUGUCCGUGGCCUACAAGAACGUAGUCGGGGCCCGCCGCUCUUCCUGGAGGGUCAUUAGUAGCAUUGAGCAGAAGACCUCUGCAGAUGGCAAUGAGAAGAAGAUAGAGAUGGUCCGUGCUUACCGCGAAAAGAUCGAGAAGGAGUUGGAAGCGGUGUGUCAGGAUGUGCUGAGCCUGCUGGAUAACUACCUGAUCAAGAAUUGCAGUGAGACCCAGUACGAGAGCAAAGUGUUCUACCUGAAGAUGAAAGGGGACUAUUACCGCUAUCUGGCUGAAGUGGCCACUGGAGAGAAGAGGGCGACUGUCGUGGAGUCCUCCGAGAAGGCCUACAGCGAGGCCCACGAGAUCAGCAAGGAGCACAUGCAGCCUACUCACCCCAUCCGAUUAGGCCUGGCUCUUAACUACUCCGUUUUCUACUACGAGAUCCAGAAUGCGCCGGAGCAGGCGUGCCACUUGGCCAAGACCGCUUUCGACGACGCCAUCGCCGAGCUCGACACUCUGAACGAGGACUCCUACAAGGACUCCACUCUCAUCAUGCAGCUGCUCCGCGACAACCUAACGCUCUGGACGAGCGACCAGCAAGACGACGACGGCGGAGAAGGCAACAACUAAGGCCCCCAGGUGGACUGGCAGCGCACGCUGAUGCUC